AUGGGGGGUGACGCCGGGGGAAACGAAUCGCAAGCAGAGGCGGUGAGGAGGCGCGGCGUCGGCGAGGUCAGGAGCGGCGGGCUUCGGCCACCGAGCGAGCAGGAUGCAAGGGCGAUGUUCAGCGGAGGCGGAGGCGGAGGCGCUCGGGUGCUCGCGGCUGUGGAGGCUUGGUCGUCGGAUUGCCUAGCGUUCGAUGCCGUUGGUGAGGGCAGAGGGUCUGGCAGUGGCGCGCAGCGCUCGAGCAGUUGCAGGUCACUGGUACAAAGCUCGCCGGCAGGAGGAGGUUUGCUGCAAUGGUCGCGCUCGAUGCGUCGUGGCAGGUGGCGCUCAGCGCUCAGGCAGUCACAGGUCGCCAGAUCGGGGAUCGGGCUUGCUGUGGUCGCGGGUUGGCGCGGCGAUUCGGUGACGGCUUUGCGGAUGGCAAUCGGUGGGCGCUCGGGCGAAGUGAACACGAGCGGAGCAGGGGUAGGGCUCGACGCGGCACGGUGGGCUCGAGUGGAGGAAGACUCAGGCGUCGGGGACUCGGGGCGGCGCGGCAGUGGCGCUGACCGAGGUGGAGCGUCGGGGGUCUAG